AUGGUACUAUUACUGUGCGAACACAGAAGAGCAACAAGUGUUAAAAGCAAUCAAGAUACAACUUUUAUGCCAGUAUAUCGUCGCAGACAUAUUUCAAAGGCAAAACAUACGCUUAAAUCGCAUAAGAAUCUAUCAGAUUGUAUAACUGAUAAUGAUAAUGAUACGAAAAAUCAUGAGGAUGAAGUACUUUCGAAAAGAAAAAGUAAAAUAUAUGAACAUGAAAGAAGUAAAAAAUUAACAGAAGAGAAUAAUUUUCAAAAAACAUCAUUUGACAAGGAUGAUGCAGAUUCGGAUAUUACUUUAUCAAGAUUAAGAGAUAAGUAUGUUUCGAAGGAACGGAAAGUAGUUAAUGAAUACCAUAAAUUGGAAAAAUGUUACAAAAGCAUUCAAGAAGAAUGCCAAAAAUUAAAUAAUAUUUUGGAGCAAAGAGAGUUGGAAUAUAAAAAAUUAUGUUUACAUUAUGAGGCAUUGAUACAGAUGGUUCAAGAAUUAGAAGAAGCAAAAAUUAAUUUAGUUAAACAAAAUAAACAACUUGAAACAGAAAAGAUUCAAUCGAAUGAAGAUAUUACGCUUUUAAAAACUAUUGUGUAUCAGUUGAAUGCUGAAUUAGAAAGAUACCAAGACAAAUUAGGAGAUCGAAAGCAUGAAAAUGUUUCUGCAUCUAAUAAUGGUAACAAUGAAAAGAAAUGUGAUUCAAGAAUUUGGGGAAAUAUCAAUUUUCAUGCAUUAGGUCCACUUUUAAAUGCUUAUCAAGAAAAUUUAUCAGAAAAACAAGAACUUAUUUAUAUGUAUGAACAGGAAAUGGCUGAUUUUAGUAAUAGAUGUAAACAAAUUCUUACAGAAAAUGAAAUUAUGCAUAAAGAAGUAGAAGAAUUAAAAUCAGAGUGUGACAGGUAUACAAAGGAAAUGCAAAAAAUGGUUGAAAAUACCGCGUUGCUAAAAAAACAGAACGAUAUUCUAAAAAAGGAAACUUUAAAUAUAAAAAAAGAAACUAACGAUAUUCGUUCGUCAUAUGAAUCAAAAAUAGAAGUGAUUUUAAAAUGUAAUGAAACGCUAAAAAAAGAGCAUACAAUAACGGUAUCAGAAUUGAGCAAUUUACGAGGAAAAUAUGAAAUUUUAAGUAAAGAAUUUGAAGAAAUGAGAAAUAAAGAACAACAAACAGUGCCUGCUACUGUUCAUGUUACUGCUAUUGAAGAAUGUAAAAUAUUAUUGGAUGAAUUAAAAUAUCAAUAUGAAAAUGAAAAACGUAAUCUUUGUAAUCAUAUAAAGCAUAUAGAGGAAAUUCAACCUGAAAAUGAAAAAAAACUUAUAAUGGUUAUAGCUGAAAGAAAUCAUUUGAAAGGACUUGUUAACAAUCUUGAAACAACUUUAAAACGAACGCAACGUAAAAUUGAACAAAUGCAAACUCUUGUUUAUUCGACUCGUGUUUCACGUAAUUCUUUGAAAGAGAAAUUAAGUAAAGUGACUGCUUAUUGCGAAGAAUUAUUUUCGGAAUAUGAAAGAAUUGUUUCAGAAAGAGAAAAAUUACUCUCUUUUUUACGUGAAACGGAAAAAGAAAAUGCAAAUAUGGAUCGUCUUGGUAAAAGUAUUACUAGUCGAGUGGAAGGCUUAAAAAAUCAAUUAGAAAUUGUUCGAAAAGGUACGAAACAACAAGUAGAUUCUGUAGAAAAACGUAUAAAAUUACAAGAACUUCAUGUACGUCGAAUGAAACACGAUUAUCAACGUAAAAUACAACAUUUAAACGAUGUAAUUAAGCAACAGGAAGACAUUAUUGAAAAAUUACAAAAAGGAAAACACUUUAGUCAAGAUACGUUAACAAAACGAGUACUUCAGGCAACAAAUGAGCCAAACAAUUAUAGUACUGGACUGAAAAAUUCGUGA